CAGAGAGAGAGAGAGAGAGAGUUGAAUGUGUCUCUCUUCCGCAGAAGGAAAAUGAGAUAAAAUAUUUUUUUGACGUGGUGCUUAAUGAGAGUCAUCUGCAGCUUUACUGUUUUUUGAGAAAGUUGUGGAUUUUACGAAAUGAAGCAAUCUGGAUUCUAACAGCGCGGGAGAAGAACAGACCAUCAGAGAAGUCAUGAGAAACAACACAACGAUCGAGAACUGACCUCUGAAUCAAACUACAACAUGACCAAACUACUCGCCUGUAUCGCUUUCAUAUUCAGCAGAGCAAUGCUGUGUGUAGAUGGUGAGUUUAUCGAGCCGUCUCCAUCUAUAUCCCUGCGCUCAUACAUCAACACACAGACUCGACUGCCAUGUCGCUUCAUCGUACAGCAGGGCGAGCGGGUGGUGCAGGUCACCUGGUCCAGACAAAAACCUGGAGGAGAGAGAGAACAAAUCAUCAUUGGACACUUCACCGAGGGACCCAAAGCGUCGCCUGAUUUUGUGAACAGUGUUCAGUUUGAGAGUCCUGAACCGACGGUGGACUCGACGCUGUUGAUUCUGAACACAAAGAAAGUGGACCAGGCCGUUUACACCUGCCACAUCACCACAUUCCCCUCCGGAAACUUUGAAAGACAAAUCAGUCUAACCGUCUGGAUUCUGCCCAUCUCCUCUUUGGAUCCGGUCAUCCUGCAGGAAGGUCAGCGGUUCGGCUCGGCCGCCUCCUGUCGUUCCGUCGGCCAUCCUCCUCCUCGUCUCUCCUGGGACACGGACAUUCCAGGGCAGUCUCAGAACCGAACCGGAGAGGACGGCGUUGUGACAGCGCAGUUCUCUCUUCACCCGUUACGCAGCAUGAAUGGCCGUCGUCUGGACUGUCUGGUGUGGCAUCCGGCUCUAGACGGACCCCGAAGACUCCAGAACAACGUCAUCGUGCACUAUCCACCGGAUGCAGUGAUCGAAGCUUCUGGUUCCUGGAGAUCCGGACAAACAGGAGCAGAACUCAGAUGUGCUGUUAAAGGAAACCCCCAACCUCACAACAUCACCUGGAGCAGGACGGGUGGACAUUUCCCGGCGGGUGUGUUAGUUCAGGGUGAUAAACUGGUGUUCAGUCGUCCUCUGAACGUGACAGAUGGAGGCGUGUACGUGUGUCAGACGGCAAACAUCAUGGGCAGCGUUAAAUCUGAGUUUCAACUGAACAUUGAAGAACACACAGAUGAAGCGGUCAGUUCUCUCACGGCUCAUCCUGAGACACUGCUGAUCAUUGUUGGAGCUUCUGUGGCUGGAUGUUUGGUGAUCAUCAUCGGCGUCUUUUUCAUGUACAAGAACUGUGACCUCAGACAGGAGAACAGAACUCUGAAGAGAGCUCUCAGUGUGCGCACAGAGGAGAUGAUCAGCCUCUCACGACAGGUGUCUAUGAGGAGACUCAACUCCAUCAACACAGAUCCCAGAGGACAGGCUGAAGAUCGUUCAUUGAUCCACAUGGAUGGAGUGAUGAGACACAGUGUGUUAUCAGUGGAGGAUAACUCCACACUGAAUGACCUGAGAAGUCGACAGGGUGAGUACGACAGUCUCGGACGUCCUGCCAUCUACACACCAUACCGGCCCGACAGAACCAGUCAGAAACUUAGAGAGUCUGAAGAAGAGAAUAAUGAAAAAAUACGGAGAGUCGAGUCAUACGUGAAGAACAGCAACAUGUCUCUGGAUUCAGGGCUUCACAGGGACCAGAGUUCUCCUCCUCCGUCCAUGAGCUCGGGUCCGGCUGCAGACGUCUGGAAUCGUGGUUCUCGCAGACGGGAAGAUGAAGAGAGAGACAGAUAUCCUGAAGGAGAGGAGGGAAGUGCUGCUCUGAACUCUCAUCGCUUAUCCGCAGCUGUGAGCAACUACUUUCAGCGCAGUAACGGCGGACUCACGCCGAAAGUAAACCCAAACGCCAUCAUCAUACAGCCACGAGGAGAAGUCAUCUAGAACACAACACAAGUGAUUCGUUUCGACACCAAACAUGUGGAACGUUGAGUUUUCAUUUGGGAUGUGAUGGGACGGUGAAGUGGAUUAUUUAUCAGCUUCGUUCAGUACCGACAACAAUAAAGACUGAAGGAUCUCUGACGCUACUGCACAUCUACUGUUGAUGAGAAAUGUGUUUGGUUUGGACACAGUCUACCUCUCUACACAACACAACAACACAACACAGUGCCAAAACAAGUUAAAAGACACUUUAAGACUUUAGGUAAAAACCUUUCUAGCCCAGUUUUAUGUUAAGUGAGCUGUUGUUGAUUUGAUUUCCUGAAGAUUGUGAACACUGACAUCAGCCUGAUCUCACAGCAACUCACAACUGUUUUCUUUACCUCCGUAUAAUGUGAAUCAUACAGCGACAUAUGGUUAUAAAAACAACAACAGUGACGCUUACAAGACAAAAUCCUUAUCCAAACGUGCUCUUACGAAAACUUUUAUGUCGAAUGUCUAUUUUAAGGGUUUGGUUCCAAAAUGAGAUAACUGUCAAACGAUUAAUCGCGAUUUAUCAUAUGCUGAAUAUAAGUUUUUGUUUACAUAUUAUAUGUCCGUGUACUGUGCAUAAUAAUUUUGUAUUUAUAAACGCAUUUACAUGUAUAUAUUUAAGAAAAAUAUGAAGUAAAAAAGGAUAAACAUUAACAUAUAAUAUAAUUAUUGGUAAAUAAUAUAUGUUAAUAUUUCCUGCGUGUAUGUGUAUGCGUUUCUAAAUACAAAAUUAUUAUGCACAGCACACAGACAUACAGUAUAUUAUGUAAAGACAAGCUUUCAUUGUGGAGGCGAUUAAUCGCGAUUAAUUGUUUAAACCAUUUUAAAAAAUGAUGUUUUUUAUUAUGUUACCAUCUCUUUUUUUACAUAGGUUCAAGUUUUAAAAGAAAACAUACUUUUACGAUUAAACUUCCAAGAACAAACACACAAAUGAGGUCACAUGAAUCAGGUGCCUAUGAAGAUGUUUCUGAAUUGCUGUGAGACUGUGUUUUUGAGUCUGUGGCGCUUUCAUACCCUCUGAACCAAUGACGUGAGUUGAUGGGCGGGACUAAUGUUAUCUAUCAAAGACAGAAGAAUAGAAGGUUUGUAUAAAUUGAAUUAGUGACCGAUUAUAAAAGGUAUUUUCUAUUUUUUUAAUACAUUGUUUGCAGAGGCUGUGCCAUUUUAAAAGCACAAUGGCAUCAAAUACAAUUCAUUUGACGGUUUCUAAAAUGAUUGUUUCUACUGUUUAUCGUCAGAAAUGAAGCCCUUGAUGAAAGACGAUCGAUGUUUAUGAGGGUUAAGUGGAUUUUUAAAGCAAUUGUAUAAGUGUAUAAGCAUGUUAUAUCACAGAACACUUUUAACUGCUGAAAAUAAAACUCACUGUUUAUAGGAACAGGAUUUACUUUAGUGUUUAAUAGGGAUGUAAAGAUUGAUUCAAAUCGGUUGAGGUGUGAACUGAAUCGCAAUACAUGUUUUGAACAGCAGGGGCAGCCGUGUUCACUGCAAACAUAAACGUGGACAUGCUGAUAUUUCUUAAAUGCAAAAAAGAAAAGCACAGACAGUAUCAGUUUGUUUAUAUUAAAGAGACUUGUUUUAAAAUUGCAGUUUAGUUUUGUUAUUUGAAAUAAAACAAAAUUUUAUUAUACAAAGAGA